UCUACUUCUCGCUUCGUUCGUUUUGAUCUUUUUAGCUUUCUGGAACCCUAGAUCGGGCCUUGCGUGUCGAUCUGUUGCCCUUUUUAGCAAAUUUUUGUUUGGCGAUCCGGUUCGAUUUCCGAAGAUUUGAUACAUGUGAAAGUGAAAAAUUGGUGUGGAAUUUGGAAUGUUUGGAUGCACUGGAAAAUGAUAUAGGAUCUUUCUCUUUAUUCUUUGAUCUGACGUGAAGAUGGGGCUGUCUUUCACCAAGCUCUUCAGUCGGCUUUUUGCCAAGAAAGAGAUGCGUAUUCUUAUGGUGGGUCUUGAUGCUGCUGGCAAGACCACCAUCUUGUACAAGCUGAAGCUGGGAGAGAUUGUGACCACCAUUCCUACCAUUGGAUUUAAUGUGGAGACGGUGGAAUACAAGAACAUUAGCUUUACCGUGUGGGAUGUUGGUGGUCAGGACAAGAUCCGGCCUCUGUGGAGACAUUACUUCCAGAACACCCAGGGCCUUAUCUUUGUUGUCGACAGCAAUGACAGAGAUCGUAUUGUUGAGGCUAGAGAUGAAUUGCACAGGAUGCUUAAUGAGGAUGAAUUGAGGGAUGCAGUGCUGCUGGUCUUUGCGAACAAGCAAGAUCUUCCUAAUGCCAUGAAUGCUGCGGAAAUCACUGAUAAGCUCGGGUUACACUCCCUCCGCCAACGUCACUGGUACAUCCAGAGCACGUGUGCCACAUCUGGGGAGGGUCUUUAUGAGGGAUUGGACUGGCUCUCAAACAACAUUGCUAACAAGGCAUAGAUAUUGCUGGUUGGGUACCUUGUUGGAGCUGAAAACAUUAGUACACUUCCGAGUAUGCGAGAGAGCUGUCCCGAGGAUCAAUUUGCUUAUGUUUCUAACUUCAUAGACUCGAGCCUCUGUUGUCAUUUAGAUAAAGAAUGAUCUGGAAAUUUGUUCUUCUUAUCUACAAGCUAAAUUUUUGCCCUUUUUUUUUUUGGCUGCCAAUUGCGUUGUUUGAAGACCUUGCUUGGGUGAUAUAAUAGUUUUAUUUCUACAAAAAGCUUGGUUCUUAGGAGACCUAUCUGCCAUCACAUGAUGUUUUUGUAUUUCUGUACUGAUAUCUUAUAUAAUGUUUGAUACCUCAUGCCUCGGAAUACUUUUGAGGAAGUUUA